AUGGUCUCUGCGGACACCUCAACUCGUCUGCAAACCAAACUUUUCAACCAGGGAGGACACAUUUCACCCUCCGCUAUAUCACCCAAAGCGAAACCACCCUUUCCUGACAGAGAACGAAAAGCGAUGCCCGUGAGAAGACAAUCAAGGUUUGAUCCCAUGAUCGCAUCGGAUACCGACGAGAUGAUGCAGGAUGAUGGUUACGGUGAUCUAGGGUUAAAACAUCCUUUGAGGAGAGUCAAAGAAGAAGAAAAUAUCAAGGACAACAAGAUAACACCACCUGAAUCGAUCAGUCUACCGCCUAUCAAAUCAUUGUUUGGAGUAGCAAGCGAUCACACUCAAUCACCAUCAUCAUCCUCAUUAUUCCAAUCACCAUCAUUACCGUCCCUCAUCCCCAAUUCCCCAUCCGGUUCACCCAGUUCAGCUCGUACCUCACGAUACUCAUCUCUGGCAUCGUCAGCCGUGCCAGAAAAUUCAGCAGGAUGGUGGGCACCGGAAUUCGAAAAAGGUUCAUCUCCAUUCCAGCCUAUUCCACACAGAUUCAAUUCUUUCCCUUCUAUACCAUACAUCUCUGACGAGACUGGACAGAAAAGGCGAAGAUCAGAUGGACCACCAGCUCUGCGAGAUGCAGAAGAAUCAGCCAGAUUGAGAUGGCAAGCUCAAUCGAGAAAUGCUUCUUUCCCCAUGGCUACUUCACCUGCACCUCCUUCAGCUGGACCAUCCAAUUCAUCAUCCGGUCUUCGGGGCUUACUACACCCACCUCAAGCCUCCUCUGCUGGUGUUUCAGCAUCCAUGUCACGUUCCUCGCUAUCCGGAUCAACCACCGGGGGGCGUCUCUCACCUACGCUGGAAGAUGAACCACUUUCAUUUGCCAGACGACCUUCUCAAACGUCAAGGAACCCUUCGUUAGUUGGUGGUCAGCUCUCUAGCCAUUUCGCUGGACUAUCAGCUUCAGAAAGGGAUAAACCCGUAUCAAGCGAGAUGCCUCCUCCGCUCCAGGCUGCUCCUCCAGAAAGACGAGGUUCAGCGAUGUUACCACCUCUUUUAGCGAUGGACGACAACAACAACAGAUUAUUCCCUCCACCCUCGAGUCUAAGUCGAUCAGCUUCCCCCGCAUCCGAUAUAAUGAGACGACAGUCGCUCACUCGACCACCUUCACCUGAGAUGACUGGCCGACCCGAAUUACGCAGAUCGUCAUUAACAGAAAUCAUCAUGCAGAAAAGUGGCGAUAUGAAUAUGGGCUUGACAGCCCUCAGCAAUAGCCGGUUCGGUCCUUCUCACCCUCAUGCAAAUGAACUGGGGUUGGCGACUAGCGUAUCGAUGGAUAAAUCCUCUUUCUCCGAACCUGUCCCUCCAUUACAUCAAACCAUCCAAACCGCUCCUCCAUGGGCUACAAGAAGGGAAUCUACAGAUUCGAUCAAAUCGUCUCAUGAAUAUGGACCUGGAGCUGGUCCAUUGUUAUCGCUAAGAGGAAGGAAACGAUCGGUGACGGAGAUACGUCAAAACCAGCUAGACGAAGAUUCGGAAAUGUCCACUACGGGAGGUGGUGACCCAGGUAUGAGAGGGAUGGAAGUGUUGUUGGCUGCUGCUGCGGUAGAGGAAGAACGUAAAGUGAGAAAGAGCAGUGAAGAAGACGAAGAUGAACCAUUGAUGAAAUUGAAUAAUGGCAACGGAUCUGCCGAAGGCGGAGGCGCGAACGGCGGACCGAAAUAUACUUGUGCUUUUUGUGCAAAAACAUUUUCAAGACCUAGUAGUUUACGAAUACAUACUUACAGUCAUACUGGUGAAAGGCCAUAUGUAUGUAAGGAACCAACUUGUCGACGAAGGUUUUCUGUGCAGUCGAAUUUGAAAAGACACGCAAAAGUACAUCAACUUGGAGCUGCAGCGGGACUACAACAAUCCAAUGGACAUGGUCAUGGUCAUCCACAUCCACAUGGACCACCUGGGUUGACGAUGGGUCAUCAUGGACAUGGUCAACCAAUUCAUCCUGGUAUGCCCAGAGCACCUCAUUCACAUCCUGGUACGGUCACCCAGGGACCUGGACCUGGUCCGAUGUAUCACCCUGGUCCGCCACCACCACCUGGGUAUUGCCCACCUCCUCCACCAGGGUAUGUUCACCCUCAUCCUCAUCAUGCACAACAUUACGGCGCAUCACCUGGACCCUCUGGACCACCGGGAUAUGGCCCUUCUCCUCCUCAUUUACCGAUGGGUUUGCAGCAAGCGCAACCCCCCGGACCAGGAUCAGGACCAGGGCCCGGAUGGAGAUCCAUCAGUUCGAGCAGGCGGACGUCAAGGGAUGAAGAUGCCAGCGAAGGAGAAGAGGAGGUGGAAAAUGAGGAGGAUGAAGAAAUCGAUGAGUUGGAAGAGGAUGAUUAG